ACCUGUGGAAAGCUUGAAAAUGGCGGCGUUAGUGAUGAUAAAAUAGCUUUCAAAUCACCAAUCACCGGUUUAAGCGUUUGAUUUGUUUACCGAAAAUGCCUUCAGAGAAGGUACGCUCAAAGGAAGACACAUGGACUACCAACGAACUUAAAAAGGCGUUAAAUAAAGAUGAAAUCAGAAAAGAAAGGGAAAGAUUAAAGAGAGAAAGAAGAGAAGGAAAAGGAGAAGAUAUAAAUGAAUAUGAGGAGAAAGAGAGACGCCAUAGAAGAGACGGUGAAGAGAGACGUCACCAUAGAGACGACGAGGACAGGAAAAAACAUAGAGAGAGCAAAAGAGAGGAAUUAACUGAGGAUGAGAGGGAGGCUCAGAGAAGGGAAAGAAGGGAAAGAAAAGAGGGAAAAAGCUCUAAGUCUGAUGACAAGAGACGAGACGAGGAUAGAAGACGACACAGAGAUGAGGAGGAAGAGGAUCGCAGGGAAAGACGACACAGAGAUCGCGACGAAAAGCGACCUCGAGAUGAUAGGAAUCGCGAGGAAGAGAGAGAAAGGAGAAGAAGAGAGAAAGAGGCAGAAAGAGAAAAACGACACAGGGACAAAGAUGACAGACACAGGGAGAAGGAAGAAAAAGAUGACAGAAGAAGAAGACAUGAAGAGGAUGAUGACAAAAGGAGACGGCACAGAGAUGAAGAUGGUGAAGAUAGAAGAAGAAGGCACAGAGAUGAAGAUGGUGAAGAUAGAAGGAGGCAAAGAGAUGAAGAUGGUGAAGAUAGAAGGAGAAGACAUAGAGAUGAAGAUGAUGAUGGUAAGAGGAGGAGACAUAGAGAUGAAGAUGGUGAGGAGCGACGAAGGAGACAUAAGGAUGAGGAUGAAGAAGAUAGGAGGCGAAAACACAGGAAAGAUGAUGGUGAUGAAGACAGAAAGCGAAGGCACCACAGGGAUGAGGAUGAAAGAGAAAAACGGAGAGAGAGACACAGAGAAGAUGAAGAUGGUUACAAAAGGGAGAAACAUCGUCAGAGAGAGAAGAGAGGGGAGAGAACUCUGGACGAGGAUGAAAGAGAAAGACAAAGACAAGAGAGACGAGAAAAAAGAGAAGCAAAAGAAGGGGGUAAAAGUAGACACCGAGAGGAGGAUGAAGAGGAACGGAGACGCAGGAAAGAAAAAGAGAGAGAAAAGGAACGAGAAAGGGAAAAAGAGAAAGAAAGAGAACGGGAAAAGAGGAAAUCGGCUAAACCAAGCAGAAAGAGAGAGAAUGAACCCGAGGAGGAAGAAAAUGGCUACGGUGAUUAUGAGGACGAUUUUGAGGAUUAUGAAGAUGACUUUGAAGAGGAAGAAGAUGACACACCUGUCGUCAAAGGAAAGCAAUUGUCAGAUUAUGAUCUACAAAAGACGCCACGUAAAGGCGGAGCUGGUCUGGACUACUCAGACUCCGAGAUGGAUGAAGUCUUACGGGCCCUCGAUCAAGAGAAUGAGAGAUUGUAUCAGGACUCGAGGCAAGGGAAUGACUCGCCUAGGUAUAACCAAUACAACAAACAGUAUGAUGAUCAGGAUUCAGACUCGGAACCCGCUCGACCUGUCACUCGUGGCUUGAUUAAUUUCACCGGGGCCAGACAGCGAGCCAUUAGUCGUAAGGCCAACAGUAAGACUGCCAAGCGUGCCCAGGACCUACUACAGAUGAUAGAACUAGAUGUCUCAUCAUAUGAUCUGUUUGACCUUCCACCUGUUAAAGAAUAUGACCUUUAUAUCCGAAGCUUUGGCCGUACAGACACCAAACAGGCUUAUGUCCAAACUAAUGAUGACAACAUAGACCGAGAGAUCCAGACAGAGGAGAUAGAUGUCCGUCAGAAGUGGACCCAGCAUCUGGCGGAGGACUUCACAGGCUGUGGAAGGGGAGAUGGUGAGAAGGAUUUAGACGAGGAGGAAACAGCUCAGCAGAACAAACAGCAGGAUCUGGGACGACUGAACUCUUUCAUACAAAAGGCGGGGCAGGUGAUAUCCAUUCUUCUUGAUGAGGAAAAAGAUCAACAGAGGCAGGAGAAAGCAGAAAAUAGAACAAAUCUGAGUCUGAGUGAGGGGUACUCACAGCUGACUUGUCUGUCUAUACUCAAGGGACGCUGUGUAGAAUUUGCCCAUUUUUCUCCCACCCAGCCAAACUACUUACUUACAGCCUAUAGCAAGUGUGCAGAGGCCUCUGAGUCUAAUCCUGUGGACAGGAAGGGUAUUAUCUGUGUGUGGAACACAAAUGAACCAUCUUAUCCUCAAAGGAUCCUCGCCUGUGAAUCACAGCCGGUUUGCUGUUGUUUCAGUCCGUACAAGACGACUCUAGUCUUUGCUGGGAUGGUGGAUGGUUCAGUCUGUGCCUGGGAUCUCAGAGAGCCACCAGCUUUACACAAAUCUAUAAAAUACGAGAACUCGGACCACUUACUACGAUAUCCUACCUAUAACACAGCUGGUAUUAAUGAGGUGAAGAAUCAUCAGAGCCCUGUCACCACCCUUAGUCCUGUUGUAUCUUACACAGACAGUGAUUCAGAUACACACGAUUCUCAUGAAGAUUCCUCUGGUGGUCUGAGCUUCCAGCUUGUUUCCUGUGAAGAGCUUGGCGUUCUGAAAUUCUGGGUUGUCGCGGAGAUUUCUAGUCCAGACAUGGCAGGAUCGGAAUUUGACCUUGGACUGUCCCCAGGAGGGAGAAUUAAACUAGUGUUGAGUUCCUCCAUCCAACUACAGAACCCCCUCAGAGAGAAGUCUGAGCCAUUGAGAUCGUUUGAGUUACAGUUAUCACCUGGAGAUCUGAAUCACUUUUAUGUUGGAACUGAGAAGGGUUUUGUGUACCAUGGUCUACGAUUUGGAUCAAGAGCUUACCCUAGAACAUUUACUGCUCUCAAUGAUGCUCCUGUGGACAUUAAAACAAUUGAUUUCUCCCCAUUCUCUCAUCCUUGUUUCUUGGUUACAACAGGAGAUGGAGAUGUUCAUUUAUUCAGCACAAAAACAGACACAGCUCUGGUGUCAUGGCCAUCCCGAGUUUGGGGCACCAUGGGGGUGAAGUGUGCUAGGUGGUCCCAGAGCAGACCCUGUGUGUUCUACGUUUUAGAUGAUAACAGUCGACUGUACACGUUUGAUCUUCUAGAGGGGGAUUCCAUGCCUGCAAAAAUAGAAACUCUGUCAAAUGAUGCCAGGGUAACCUGUCUGUCCUUUACAUCUGAUGUCAGACAAGCCGGACAUGGAGGUCGAAAUCCUCAAAUGCUGAUCUGUCUGGAGUCAGGCGUGAACCAUAUACACACAAUAGCUAAGGACUACAGAGAACAACAGACACUGGAGGAUGAAUUCCUUCCAUCGUAUCUAGCCAGAUUCUAAAAAAAGUUCACAGUCUAGGAAUCUCCAUGACAACUGACCUCAGAACUAUCUGUGAUAAUUAUCUGCAAAUUUGUUUUAUAUGCUGAACAGAAAAUUUGCACCUCUUCCUGAAAUUGUGUUAGUGAUGAUAUCCUGUUUAUAAUAUAUUUUUAUUAGUUUUCUGUCCAGAAUUCAGACAAAUGGCACAAGUUAUACACAGGUUCAGUUGAAUGCUAUAAAACUGCUUUAUUAGGUCAUCUGAGUCACUAGGUCCUCCUCAGAAUCCAGAAUUCAGACCCUCGGGUAGACCCCAGGGUAGGGUUCAGUUGGUCAUACAGGUGGACCUUUCCUCAUACAGUGUUCCUACAAAAUCUUAUUUUUUUCUCCCUGACAUUAUCCAUGCAAAAUUUCUGCAUGGUGGUAGUAAGCUAUUUGCUCUUUACCAAAUUUCUGAAAUGUGUAUCCCAAGAGUUCAAAUGAGAGGAUAGAGCUAAGUUGAUCAUUUAUUCAAUACAAUUUAAAAAUCUUUUCUACUCCAUUCCAUCUAGAAAUUUUUUCAUGAUAGUGAAGAGAUAAUCCUUUCUAAAUUGUAAAAUUCAUGUCACACGAGUCCAGAGUUCUAGCUUCACGUCUGGAUGAGUUUGUCAUAUCUUGAGAAACUCCUACUCAGGUGAGCGUAAAGGCCCAUAGGACUCUCUUUUUUAUAGAAAGUAGUGAUGUAUUUAUAUAUGAAUGACAGUGUAUGCAGUAAUUACAGGAUGUUGAGAAUGAGUCAUUUUUUAAGUGGUAAUUGUUGUGGUAUACAUGUAUACUUAACACAAGAGUCCUAACCAUAAAAAGUCUACUGUUUUAUGUCAAAUCUCUUAAGAUCUCUUGUCUCAAGUACUUGUGUAUUUUUUCUGAAGUUGUUUUGACAAAAGGAUUUAUAAUGAUGCAGUCAUUUUACAUGCCUGUAGUUCUUAAAAAAUAUGAACUGCUAGUGUUUUAUGCAAAGUUGCAAUUGAAUGAAUGCAAAGAAAAUUAUGUUUGUAGACAUUUUGAAGUUUCUGUCCAUACUGCUAAGGUUUACAGUACUAAAUAUGAUAAGGGCACCAUAGGGUCAUUUCAUUUUGUUUUUGUUUGAUUUUUUUGUGAGUACUUAAUCAUCAACUUAGAUGACCAGCUAUUUGUUCUUUUGUUUGACUGUUACUAAGCUGUGCUUAGUGAUUGAGGACCCCCCCCCCCCCCCCCCCCCCCCCCCGAUCGCUGAUCAGUGAUGUACUGAACAAUUCUGUUGUUUUCUAUCAAGCCGUCCAAUAUUCACUGUAGUCGUAAUUUUAUUAACAUGGUCCAAAAUAUACAUAUACACUGUUUAUAAAUUAUUUGUUGCAAAAAUCUUGAAUAAAUUAUUUCUUUAUUGUA